AUGUCUAAUAUGCUCUGUGCUUUUGAUGAUAGACGUGUUAGAGGUUGUGACAGAUGUCCUUGGAUUAAAGUACAGGUAGAAAGAGCCAAUCAAAUAAUAAAAUGGAUAAUUGAUUCUAUGCUAAUAACAAUAAAUACCCCAAGU